AUGCAGGGACUGAGGCAGGCAUGUUUGGGGUUGGCAAAGGCAUCAAAAUUUGCCUUUGCAUCGCCCAUCGUUCAUCAAAAUGCAGCAAAUUUUCUACCAGCAUUGUAUACAAGGCAUCGCAGUUAUGCCAAGGAAGCUGCAAAACCCAAAUCUGCUGUAACUCCAGGACGAGUUGUUGCUGUUAUUGGAGCAGUUGUAGAUGUACAGUUUGAUGAUGAACUGCCCUCCAUCCUCAAUGCCCUGGAAGUCCAGAAUCGCUCACCAAGGUUGAUUCUUGAGGUUGCAUCUCACCUUGGUGACAAUGUUGUCCGAACCAUUGCUAUGGAUGGUACAGAGGGACUUGUCCGCGGUGAGAAAUGUGUAGAUAUUGGUUCGCCAAUUAGAAUCCCAGUGGGACCAAAAACUCUUGGUCGUAUCAUCAAUGUCAUUGGAGAACCAAUUGAUGAGAGAGGUCCAAUAAACACUGAACAUUAUGCUGCCAUCCACCAGGAAGCCCCAGAAUUUUCAGAAAUGAGUGUACAACAGGAAAUCUUAGAGACAGGCAUCAAGGUUGUAGAUUUGUUGGCUCCAUAUGCCAGAGGAGGCAAAAUUGGCUUGUUUGGUGGUGCUGGUGUUGGAAAGACUGUACUCAUCAUGGAGCUGAUUAACAACGUUGCCAAAGCUCAUGGUGGCUACUCUGUGUUUGCUGGCGUUGGAGAGAGGACCCGUGAAGGCAAUGAUCUCUACCAUGAGAUGAUCACAACCAAAGUCAUCAGUCUGACAGACGAUACAUCCAAGGUGUCUCUUGUGUAUGGUCAAAUGAAUGAACCUCCAGGUGCACGUGCCCGAGUGGCUUUGAGUGGUUUGACUGUUGCUGAGUUCUUCCGGGAUCAGGAAGGCCAAGAUGUGUUGCUCUUCAUUGACAACAUUUUCAGGUUUACUCAAGCUGGUUCGGAG